AUGAAAGAAUAUUUAAUUUUUUAUAGUUUAAAUUAAAAACUUUCUGAAUUAGAAUCUGAAUUUAUUCCUUAAAAUUCUCUUUUUGCAUGGACAUUAUGUUUAAAUGGACAUCCAUUUCACAUAUUAUAAGCACUUAAUCUUUCCGAAACUCUCUAUUAGGUUUUCAUUGAUCAAAAUAUAGAUAAAUUUUAAGAAAAAAUACAAGAAGAAAUAGCAUAUUUAGACACAUAUUUACCCCUUAAUGUUAAAAUAAAUGGUCUAAUCUCCUAUAAAGCUCUCCCCAGUGAUUUUUGUCAAAAAGUAUCGGCUAUAUUAUCCUCUUAAACCGAAUUUUUUACCGAAGAACUAGUAUUUUUGACUUUAAACAGGUCCAAUUUAUCCAUAGAAGAUUCUUUAACAGGCUCAAAAAUCUCCAUAUUAAAGCCUGCAGCCACAAACGACAUUUUAAAGCAAUACUACAUCCUUACAUCUACCUCUGGAGACCUUAAUACAUCAUAAAACUUCGAAAAAUCACUAAAAUACUACAAAAUCUAAGAUAUUAAACUUCCUUCAGAAAGCCUUUAAAAAGUAAUCCAAAAUCUAAAAGAAUAAAUAAAAAAAUAACUUGAUAAAAUAUCCAAAACAAGUUCUUUAUUUAAAAAUCCCGAAUUAAAACUAAUUAGAAACAUUCACACAUAUUUACCUCUAAAAAAAAAAGAUAAUUCACGUAGAUAUACAGUAUAUGGACCUUAUCUUUACUACCAUUAUCUCCAAGAUAAUAUAAACGACGAAGGCUGGGGUUGCGCAUAUCGUUCUUUAUAGACAAUAUUAAGUUUUUUUAAAGAAAAUAAGCUCAGAGAGGAAUUCGUUAUGCCGUAAAUUCGUUAAAUAUAACAAAUUCUAGUAGAUAUAGGUGAUAAAAGUCAACCUUUUGUGGGUAGUCAAGAAUGGAUAGGAGCAUUUGAAGUGUCUUAUGUAUUAUAAAAAUUAAUAUAAUGUGAGUGCAAAAUAGUACAUGUAAGAGACGGUAGUUAAAUCUUAGAUUAUGUACAUGAGUUUAGAAAUCACUUUUUAUAAGAAGGAACUCCUAUAAUGUUUGGAGGUGGUGUAAAAGCUUCUACAUUAUUAGGAAUUGAUAUAGAGAAAGAAUAAAAUAAAUAAGAAGAAAAUGUUAAAUUUUUAAUAUUAGAUCCUCAUUAUACUGGAUAAGAUAAUAUAUCAAAAUGCACAGAAAAAGGAGGUGUUUUUUGGUAAGGAAAGGAGCUUUUUUAAAAUGGAGUAUUUUAUAAUUUCUGUAUGCCAUUAAGAAUAUGA